AAAAGCUAUAACAUAUUGUAAAGCAAAUGUACCAUUCUUUAUAAAGUCACCAGCUUAGCGCUGAUAUGGCUGUAGCUCUAUUUAUGAUGUCCUCUGCACAGAUCUACUCUGACAUUGACAUAUUAUUACUUAUUGGAAUGUCUGUCCUUCAGGUAGCACAGAGGGAGGAUGGUGAUCCUCAGAGGGAAGGAAAGGAAGUUGUUGAGGAAGAACCGGUGGCCACACCCAAAGAGGAGGCCAAGAAGGGAAGGAAGGCAAAAAGUAAGAGGAGUGGCAAGAAGUCAAGGAAGCUGGGCACUGACAAUGAUGCAGUCUCCAGGAAUAAACACCUGGAUAGAGGAUCUGUAAUUGAGCUCCUGGAGAAGAAAGCUGUUCAGGCUACAUUCGGCCCAGGCAACAAGGAUGAGAUGGAAUACUCCUACCCAAUCCUCAUCUCAUUCCUGCGCAAUCUUACUGAUGAGCAGUGGCAAGUGAUCUACAAAGGACUAAAAAACCCUAUGACGAAGGAACAGCUUGCCAAAUUGUGCAAGACAAUUGUAACCUUCAUCGCACAGACCACCCUGAAGAUCCUGCUGCCAGCCCUGGCCCGCGUACUUGGGGUAAAGGACUUUGCUGACGACGACACUGACUCACCCAAGAGGGGUGGCAGUGCAAGAUCCUUUGCUGCCUUUGAUCAGGAAAGACUGGAGCUCAUCCAGGAAGUUAGAUAUCUGGCGAAGAAAAUGUAUAAGGGCGGCACAGGGGCUCAACAUCUCAGGUCCCUAACACCCUCUUCUAAGAGGUAUGUUCCCCUCAAGGUUUUCAUGUAUGGAUUUCACCAAGAUCAUCUAUCCCAGUGUUAGCUAAUGCAAUUUACUCUA